AUGCAUUUUUUGCGUCUUCUUAUCAUCGCUUGGACAGUGAGUUUCUGUUUGAUAACAAGAAAUAAUGUCUGUAUGGAAUCCCAUUCAGAAACCCAUUUACUUGGUUGACAGUUAUUACGUAGUUCUCAGUUUUUACUCCAUUAACCUGACUUACACAACAUCUGAUGCAGCCAAUUCCGUUUCUAGGUCGUAUUAGAUAACUUUCGGAAUUCAUGGGUUCAAAUGGUGGAACCAAACUAUUUAGGGAACAAGAAUACUGUAUUAGAUGAGUACCGUUCAUUCAAAACGAUAUAUCUCAGCUGCCGACCGAGAUAUCAAACAGUCGUCCACUUACAAAAUGCUCAUUGAAACAUUGUGUGCAUUUUAUCAGUUGACCACUUUUUUAUAUCUCUACCGGCGUCACGAAUACAUCGUUUUUAAUGAACAGUACUUCCCCGCCUGUACAUUUCCACCCAAAUCGUCGAGGCCUCAAAGUGUGUUCUUCCAAACUGCCAGACUUUCGCUCAGCUGCCACUCUUGGUGGCUGUCCGUCAAAAAGUUCGGUCCCCCAUCGAUCAUCCGACAGACGGUCCAGCUCCCCUUUCCCUUCUCCGUCCAGCUGUAUAAUUGCAUUCGGUUAUUAAUAGAGUUGGCGCGCUGCCAACGCGAUCAGCAUCGACAAUGAGAUCAUCGGCGAACCGGACAUUGAAUGUCUCGAAGACGAAAUACGCAUUUGGGUGAAGACGAGGAAGAUAUUCGCGGGUGAAAAUACAGGAAAACGGCUGGGCAAAAUGAAUACCGUUCGUUUCAGGAAGAAUUUACGCGAAAGGAAGGUCCGAUUUGGAAAACUGCUAUAAAGACGAUUUUGCGAACGAAAAGACCAGAAAACCGCACUUCGACCUGAGAUUCGGAGAUUGUGGAAUGAAAAGUCUUCGAUCGGUAAGUUUUUGGGAAUCAUUUGAAAUCAAAGCAAUUUAAUCGGAGUGGUUGCAGGUGGAUCCACGUGGAAUGUACUACGGAAUCACGGUCAUCGUCUCGUUCCACCCUCUGUUCAUCACAAAAGUCGACCAGGCGUACCACGUGAAGUGCUUCUUCGAGGAGGCGAGCAAAGGAUUGACCGCCGAACUGGGCGUCAGCAUGAUUCCGACGACUGAGCUCGAGGCUCGCCACGGAAUCCCCGGCUGUUCCUAUUCGAUUCAUUCGUCCACAAUCGAGGAUUUGGAUGCGGGAAGACCCGCAGGACAACCGAUUCAGUUCGCGAGAGUCGGAGAUCGGGUCGUCCAUCAGUGGCAUUGCAAUGACCGUGAGUUCUGAAUUCAAAUGAUUCCGCAAUGCUAAUAGUUCAGAGAUGUACGGAGUGCUCAUCAACAACUGCUACGUCACCGACGGAUUCGGCAAGAAGGCGGCGGUGAUCGACGAGAACGGUUGUCCCGUGGAUCCAAUUCUCAUCACUGGAAUCCGUUAUUCAACCGACCUCCAAAGAGCGUACGCAGAGUCCCAAGUGUUCAAAUACGCGGAUAAACCGGGUGUCUGGUUCUUCUGCCAAGUGAGAAUGUGCAUGAAGAAGCAAGGAAUGUGCGAAGGGAUUACGGUAAGUAUAGUGAACCAAGAAGGGUAGAAAAUUGAGGAUUCAGCCGCCGUCGUGUGGAUCCAUGUCCCGAAUGAUAUCUGCCAGUGGGGAUGAUUUUGAAGAGGAGAAGCCGCAGAAGAAGACGAAGAAGCCGCCGGUGCAGGACUACGAUUACGAGAGCGAGAGGCCGAAGCCGACGAGAGCGCCCACGAGGACAACGCCUUCCGACUACGAUUACGACAACGAAUCUCCGAAGUUGCACAGGUGAAUCCAUCGUCCUCUGUUUUCGAAUCUCCGACAUUUUCAGUCCGAACUCCCACUCGUACAACAGUGUGACCCCUCCGCUCGACUACGAAACUGCCACUCUCACCGCCUUCUCCCCUCCAAUCAAUCCGGUCACAGUAAGUUUCCAUCCUGACGCCCACGCACUUUCUUCCUUCCUUUUCGUUUUCAGUCUACCCAAGAGAGUGUCUCAAAGACCUUCGAGACGGAAGACGACUUGGCAUCGGUGACGUCAGAACCGAAGAGUAAAAAGAUUGGGAAAAGUGAGUGGAAAGGGGCGAUACCUAGGGGGAAGAGGGCACCGCUGCUAAUUGCAGACGGACCAGAACUGGUCAUCGACGAGACGACAAAUUGUCUCUCUGCUGCUACUAUUUUUAUCUAGGUCAAACAUAGCAAAUUGGCUUACACUCCUUUGAGAAGAAGGCUUACGCGAGAGGGAGUGAAGGGUCUUUGUUUGCAGGCGAUUACAAUGAUUACGACGAAGUGACGAUCCCGCCGAACCUCACCGAUCUGCUCGCCAAUCUGCCCGACGACAUCAGCAGCGACAGUAUCCAGAAGAUGUUGAGGUAGGGAACAUUGCGAAAUAUAAGCAGCUGGAUUUCGAAACUCUGAAUGUUUUUGAAGGGACUCCGUGGACAACCCGAAAGCGUUGCUCGCCGAGUUCGGAAAACUGAUGAAGAACAAGAAUAUGAAGACGGAUUCGAAGAAGUUCCGAUCGAGGAAUCUGCGGGAGCUGAAGCCGGGCGACCUGAGAUCGGGAGAGAAGAUCGAUCAGAUCGAGGUUGCACAGAAACGAGUUCAUGGAACGAAUGAAUGAUUAUUCAGGUCGACUGGACGUCCACUCGCCGUCGGGACGUUCCAGCCAUCUCGGAGUUCAAUACGGACACAAAGUACGACAAACCGAUGCUCGCGGGCCAGCUGAUGAUCUACGAUUUGGACGAGGAACCGCCGAAUGAGACUGACGUGCUGAGAAAAAGUGAGACGACGUCGUGUCUGCUGGUUUGAACACUUUCGAUUUCAGCUUCAAACUCUUCGAAAUCCGCCGCCGCUUGCUCCAUUUCGAAAGACGGACUGUUUGCGAUGUUCGCCGGCUUCGGGGCUCUCUUCUCCGCCCUCUUCGCUAUCAUCGCCUUCCUAAUCAUUCGUCUCAAGAACCAAGGUCCGUCCGAAUCUCUUUCGUUUCUCAUCCGAUUCUUCUGAUUCCAGCUUCUCCAAUCGGCGACAUGACUCCCAUCUCCAAGCAGUUUCAAUAUGCUCAAAAACGAUUUUUCGAAUCUUCCUCCUGA